ACAUUUUAAAUACUCGAAACAACCCUUUAAAUCUCAGAGAAAAUUUUCACCUACUAAUGGCGGAGAUUUCAAUUGUGAGUUUAACAACUCUCCUCCUCUUCUUUUCCUUCUCACGGUCUUUAUCAGUCUCUGGUUCUCUUCAAGAUUAUGUGUCGGACGACGACAAUAAUGGAAGCUUCUUCACGGUCUCGAGCUUCAGGUACCCAAAAUCCCAAGUCAGUCCCUACGAUACUCGUUACAUCAGAGUUGAUCUGCCUCCAUGGUUCUCAUCGUUAAAUGUAGCUAUUGAAUCUGAUGUUGACAUCAGUGCAAAGAGCAUCUCGAAGAUUUCGAAAAGUCUUCUGCCAGUUAUAUGCUUCAGAGACGGUAGUCCUCCUCUCCCUGAUGCCUCAACCAACGCUCUUAACAGUUUAGAGCUAGGACGGUUAUUCAAUGGAUCCUUUGAAGUAGGUCAAAAUAUUGGGAUUGCAGAACAAUGUUACCCUAUGCAGAAAAACAUUUCCUUGAGAUUGACCAAUGAACAGAUACCUCCUGGAGCUUGGUAUGUUGGUCUUUUUAACGGAAUUGGUGCUACUAGGACUCAAGGAAAAAUGAUUGUUCGUUCCUCGGCGUUUUCAUUCAGUGCCAACAUUACUGUGGAAGGUUGUAGAACCGCUACCAUAUGGGGGCCUUCCUGCAACCAGACUAUCUAUCCACUUUCCUGUUCUCAGUUCGGUAACCAGACAGGAAGUGUCGUUUCUUGCUCUGAUUCCUCUCCUAGCUCUUGUCUGACCGGUGUUGAAACAAGGACAUAUGCUCUAGAUGUAGAUGGAAUAGCUGAGCAAUUAGUUAUAACGGCAUCUGAUGUGAAAGUAGAUUCUAACGAAAGCUAUCUCAUGUGUUACGCUCGUUUUGGAGCUAUUGCUUCAAAGACUCUACAUGACUAUGCUGGUGAUAUACACAAAGUUGCUUUAGUUAUUCACAAACCAAAAGCUGGUCGAUGGUAUAUUGCCACGAAUGCUAGCUCCAAGGUCUGCUUUUCGAUGAACGUUAAGGUGAUAGGGUGUCCCAUGGGUAAAGCAGGACCAAACUGUGUGCAGCAAAUCUACAUGCUUCAGGCAGUGAUGAGGAAAGAAUCAUUGACACCUUUUGAAUCAUACUAUUUGCCGGUCAGUGACGCUACACCUUCAGGCUCGAGCAUUAACUUUCCCCUGGAAUCAAACACAAGCACGUGGACUUAUUUUCUCAUGAACAUCCCUCAAGGAGGAGCUGGUGGUCAUAUCCACUUCAGGUUAACAUCAGAUUCCACGUUACAGUAUGAAGUGUAUCUUAGAUUUGGUGGACUGCCCACUGUUGAUGACCAUGAUUAUUAUUAUGUGAAUCGAACGAGUGCCAGCCGCUCGAUGUUCUUCUCACUGAAUAACUCUAGCCAAGAAAAAGUUGAUUUCUACAUCUUGUAUGCUCGAGAAGGAACGUGGUCACUAGGGUUAAGGCGGCUCAGUGACUCUACUGGUGCUGCUGCCGCAGCCUCUAAAGAUCCACCUACUCUUGUGUCUCUUUCUCUUGAAAGGUGCCCCAGAAAGUGUUCCUCUCAUGGGACUUGCAGAUAUGCUUUUGAUGCUAGUGGAUUGACAUCCUACAGCUUUUGCUCUUGUGACCGAACUCAUGGAGGCUUUGACUGUGGCAUUGAAAUUGUAUCACACAUAGGACAUAUGAUUCAGUCUAUUGCUCUCAUCGCAUCAAAUGCAGCGGCUCUUUUGCCAGCUUACUGGGCUCUUCGACAACGAGAGUAUGCAGAGUGGUUUCUUUUCACAUCUAGUGGGAUCUCGAGCGCUCUGUAUCAUGCAUGUGAUGUAGGCACCUGGUGUGUGUUAACUUACAACGUGUUACAGUUUAUGGAUUUCUGGCUCUCUUUCAUGGCGGUGAUUGGUACUUUUGUGUACUUGUCCACGGCUAAUGAAGCAGUCAAGAGGACACUAUACGUAGCUGUUGCCAUUCUCACAGCUUUAUUAGCCUUAACUCAGGCAACAAGGGCGUCGAAUAUUAUCAUUGUAUUAGCAAUCGGGUCGCUUGGUCUCCUCUUUGGUUUUUUGGUGGAAUUUGUUACAAAGUAUAGAUCAUAUUGUGGAUCAGCUGCAUUUUCAUUGACCAUGCUCGACAGGCCGCGGGCAGUGAAAGAAUGGUUUAGUAAUUUAAUGAAGACGGUCAAGAAACGGUUUCGUUGGGAGUUUGUGGCAGCUGGUCUUGUAGCUUUUUACCAUGGCAGCCAUAAGUUUCAAAGUGGAAACUAGUUCAACCUACUGGAUUUGGCACAGUAUCUGGCAUUUGACGAUAUACACAUCUUCCUUCUUCUUCCUCUGUUCGAAGAUUGCAACUGUAAAUCACGAGAACCAAACCCACCACAGAGCUGACAACUACGAGUUAACAAGGCAAGACUCGCUACCAAGAAACUA